CUGGAGACUCGGGGACAGAAGAUGCACUGGAGGGGAGAGAAUGGAGCGUCGGACACCAGAAAAACUUUCGGAGAUUCGGGGUGGAAAAGAAGGCGUGAAGAGAGAAGGCUCAGCGGGGUAGGAGGGGCGGGGGCGGAAGCGGGAGGAGUCCCUGAGCUGCGGCCGCCCCUCCCCGCGCUCCACUCGGCGGCCCCGGGCCCUCCUCCGCCUCCUCCUCCUCUCCCUCCUCUUUCUCCUCCUCCCGGUGUGGAUGGCUGCGGCCAGUAUCGGAGCUCCAACCGCGCUGCCGCCCCCAGACUCCCUCCUCUUUCUGACUGCUGUUAUUUGGGCUGCUGCCCCCUUCCCGCUCCCUGGGACCUCAGCUCGGACCUCAGCCGGCGCCUGCAGCCCGGAGUCCCCUCCUGCCUUGGAAGGAAGGCAAGGAGUCAGGCCACCGGGCCACAGCCGCGGGGGCACCACACUGGCCCAAACAUUUCCUGCAGGUAUGACCAUUCACUGGGUAUCGGGGUUGGGUCCCUUGGGCCCACAAACCUCGUGGGUACAGGGAAAAAUUAAAAUAUAUUCCUCCUUAGGAAUGCACUGUUUCUGUUGGUUUGGCAUCGUUUUAUUUUUAACUCCUCUAACUGUGCUUUCUUCUAAGAAUAAUGAUACUUUAUGUAAUUAGCGUUUCUAAUAUCUAAAGACAGAAAAAGGAAGAAAAUAAUAAACGGAAGAGAGAGAAUACUUGCUAAAAAUACUAAUUUUUGACUUCAGUCCACACCCGACUGUUUUCCUGGGAGAUAGAAGUUCAGUGUAGUUUGUUUUCAGACUAACCGCAAACACGAUUACAGCCUCCUCCAGGCUAGAAGUUUUAGUUUGCCUGACAUGCACCACACUGUUGAUAUUCCCAGCCUGGCAUUCCCGUCUGCAUAGCUCCAGUCUCCCUCCCAACUCCCCCACUCCCACUUUCUUUCUCAUAAAAGGGAGCUGUGAAAACAAGGCAAUGGGAGAGGCUCAAAUGAGCUGGACCACAUAAUAAAAACAGCCCUACUUAUUUUAAUCCUGAAGAUAUGGCCUCCCCUAGACUCUGAUUGGGUGGAAGAAAUGUUUAGUUCAUUUGUGUGGUUUUUAUGUCAGUAGUUAUUAUGAUUGAAUCAGUGUUUCCAUGACAGGCUUGCUUCUCUGGGCACGAUGGGGAGCCUAUUAAUUCUCGGAUGGGUCUGGACAGAUCAAGUCUGGAGUCUGGAGAGAUUUUUCAGGGCUUGACCUGGGGCUGAUAUUGCAAACCUCUGCACACUCACUCACAACCAGAGCAGCGGGGAGCAGCCUGAGCUGGGGUUUUCUUCCACAUAAGGUGGGAAGAAAAAGCUCUACUGAGGAGCGAACUGGGUGAGCAUGGUUGCUGGGGGAUGUUGAAUUUUUACGUUUUUAGGAAGAACACACUUCUCAAAACUUUAGCCACUCCUGUUUCCAUACAAACAAUAAAUGUGGUUGUAACAAAUGUAGUAGAUCAGAUUCUGAGCAACUCCUUAAAAAGCAGGUCCAAGUAUUAGACCAUUUGGAAAUAAAGAUUUUAUUUUAUUUGAGUUCUACUGGAAA